UAUUUUAACAAUUAUUAUUAUUUUUUUUUUUUUUUUAGCAAUUUUUACUUAUACUAAUCACUAAAACUAUUUGUCUGUUUUAUUAUCUGAUGUUUCAAACUCCUUUUAGGUUUACAAAAAUGGAUUUCUUACUUUUAAUCGGCGAUAUUUUCCUUCAAGUCCACAAACUCUUCCAGCUUACACAAAUAUGGACAUUGUUGCUCCACUAUGGACAGAUAUUGACAACAGUGACUUUUACUUCCAAGAAUUCAGUGGCGUCCGAGUACUACAGCGAGCUACAAAUGAUAUACGUCAAUAUUUUCCUCAAACGAAUUUUACUGCCGACUCAGUUUUUGUUUGUACUUGGGAUAAUGUGAGAUAUUAUAACACUUCAGCAGAGAAUUCCUCUUUUCAAGUACUGCUGAUCUCAGGAUCUGGUUUGUCAUUUAUUGUAUUUAAUUAUGGCAAUAUUCCACAAACUGAGCAUACUGCAGUGGCUGGAUAUGACACUAUUGAUUCAACCAGUUAUUAUACAAUUCCUGUGUCUAACAUCACUAACCUGACCCACUCCACAAAUGUCAAUGUUAUGGGCCGUUGGGCUUUUCGUGUUGACACUUUGCCAACAAACAUUGGUUUGUUUUAUCCAACUGGCUCUUCGGUUUCUCAGAAUCCCUGUCAAAGUAAUGCAAGCUCAUCAGCUCUUCACUUGCAGUAUCCUUUCUUGUACUUUGGACGCAAAUACCAGAACAUAUAUGUCAACAAUAAUGGACAUUUGACAUUUGAUGAACCAUUUUAUGAAAGACUGCCCAAGGCUUUCCCUGCCAACUCUACUAGAGACAUUAUAGCUCCACUCUGGGCAAUGUUUGACUGUAGUGUCACUGGAAGAAUCUCAUACCGGUUAGUAACUCAAGGCCGUAUUCUGGACCGGGCGAGAAAUGAUGUCCAACAGUAUUUCCCUCAGUUUGGGUUCUCAGUACAUACAGUCCUCAUUGCUACUUGGGAUAGAGUGCCCUACGUGAACAACUCUUUGACGGAAUCCUCCUUCCAAGUCGUUCUAGUCAUUUGCAGGACUCUUUCCUUUGUCAUAAUGAACUAUGGAAAUAUCUCCUCAACUUAUCAAAGUUUUCAGGCUGGAUAUGACACAAUAAACUCAACAAAUUAUUUUUCAAUUCCUGUGCCUGAUGAAAAUAAACUCUCCAACUCCAGCAAUGUCAAUGUGACGGGACGAUGGGUAUUCCGUGUUGAUGGCGGGCCUGAGGAGGGAAUAUUCUACCCAUAUGGAGGUGUAGAGGAUGAGAAAAACCCACAGUCGGAUGAUGGAAGUUCUCCACUGAUCCCCUUGCGGCAGCCAUUUGUGUAUUUUGGCCAUGUAUAUGACAAAAUAUUUGUGAAUAAUAAUGGAGACCUGACCUUUGAUGAGUCAUUUGACCAGUGGUAUCCCAGUUAUUUUCCUGCAUGCUCAACUAGAGACAUCAUCGCUCCACUGUGGACAGACAUUAAUAAUAGUAGGAAAGGAACCAUCUCUUCCCGACAAGUAUCAGAUGGUCCUCUCUUGAAUCGGGCUUCAAGAGACAUAAACCAAUAUUUUCCCAACUUGAACUUCUCUGCCUCGUGGGUUUUUAUUGCUACAUGGGAUAAAGUACCGUAUUAUGGAAACAGAGAGGCAGAGUCGACCUUCCAGGUGGUUUUGGUGUCUGGAAAAAACCUGUCGUUUACACUCAUGCAUUAUGAUUACAUUACCCCCACCUAUGGUGUAGAGUCCGGCUAUGACACAAUUUGCUCUACUAAUUUCUUUCUGAUUCCUGUUUCUGACAUCACAAACUUGUCAUACACAAGCAAUGUCGACGUCAUGGGUAGAUGGGUAUUUCGUGUUGACAAUUCAUCAGAAAGAAAUGGUAUAUAUGUGUGUUAAUGAAAAUUGAUGUCUCAAAACAUGCAUUUGUUUGUUUCUUUUAAUAGUGUGUGUAAUAUAGAUAUAUAUGGGACAUCUGCCUCUGUUUUGUUUUUCAGGACUUUGUGAUGUCACUCAAGGUACAUAAUUUUACAUUGACACUUUGGUUUCUAGUUAAAUACAGUAAAAUAAUUGAUAUCUCUGUUUUUCCUGAAAUCAUUGUGCAAAUAAGAUAUCUAUAGCAGAAUGUACAUUCAAUCUGGCUUGUGUCCCCUCAGAUUUCUUAGGCAGCUGAAUUUUGAAUACAACUUCUAAAACAUCUUUUUUUUUUUCCUUUUAAUGGUGAAAUAUCAGUGCUGAAAACUCGCUGUUUUGAAUUUUUAGUAUUUACAUCA